GAAUUGUCACGCGAGACUCAUAUGACACGAACAAAAUGGCGACCUCCGACGAUUCGUUGGAAAUAUUAUUAAAUCGUGCAACAGAUCCUUCCCUGAAGGAGCCAGACUGGGACAAGAUAGCUGCGUUUUGUGAUAAAGUUGUUAUGGAACUAGAAGGGCCACUACUGUCAACUAGGCUACUGGCACACAAGAUUCAGUCUCCAGUAGAGAAAGAGGCUCAAUAUGCUUUAGCUACAUUGGAAGCAUGUGUGAAAAAUUGUGGCCGAUAUUUUCAUCAAGAAAUAGGAAAAUUUAGAUUCUUAAAUGAAAUCAUCAAAGUUGUUUCCCCCAAGUAUUUAGGCAACCGAACGUCUGAACAAGUAAAGAAAAAAUGUAUUGAAAUUUUAUAUAGCUGGUAUAAAGGACUAACUCAUGAGCCCAAAAUAGCAGAAGCUUACAGGAUGUUGAAAGCACAAGGAAUAGUGAAAGAAGAUCCCUCUUAUAUGGACAAGACUUUUGAUCCAUUUCCUCCACCUAAACCAAGAAAAGCAGAUUUUGAAGAUGAUGAAAAAGCAAAGACUUUAGAAAAACUUUUGCGGAGUAAAAACCCAGAAGAUUUACAAGCGGCAAACAGACUGAUCAAAAGUAUGGUGAAAGAGGAUAUGGAAAAAACAGAGAAAAGAUCUCGAAGAAUUAAUGAGUUAGAGUCUGUGCGGAAUCAAGUCAAGCUUCUUACGGAAAUGAUCAGCCAAUACUCAUCUGCCAGCUCUUCUAAAGAAGAGUUAGAAAUGAUGAAAGAACUGUAUGAUAACUUAGAAAAACAAAGACCCAAUUUGUUUCGCCUGGCGAGUGAUACAGAUGAGAAUGAUAAUGAUGGCAUCAAUGAUAUUUUAAAAGCCAAUGAUUCUGUGACUCGAGUGAUGACUUUGUACAAAGAGACAUUUGAAGGAGAAAAACCAGCUGGAGAUUACACUGUGGGGGCCAAAGAUUCAUGUCUCCUUGAUCUUGGCCUAGAUGGCAGCCACAAGACCAUCAACCCAACUUCAGCUACAUCCACUGCUGGUUUGUUAGAAAAUGACUUUAAAUCUUUAGGUUUGACAGACAUGAAUGACUUUGGAAAUCUAUUUAAUGGCAUGUCUGCACAACAGCAACAGCCAGCUACAUUUCCUAGUCUCCAUCCUCAGACAGCAUCUCUAGCAAGUCAACAUUUUCCCUCUCCAUCUCUAGCAUUUAGUGGAAUGACAGCGACUCCCUCGUUGCAACCUUCAUCAAGUCUAUUUUCAGCUGGUCCACCAGCUUACAGUGCUAUAUCUCACAGUAUUCGACCCACUGUACCUAGCAGCACUGCAGACCCAACACUAAGUGUCUUCAGUCAGCCUACUCUGAAGAACAUGUCCAAUUCCACACUAGCUGAUCUAGACAUACUGAAUCAGUCUCUGCAGGACUACAAUCUUAGCAAAGAAUCAUUUCCUGUGAAAACACUGUAUAUCAACAGACAUGUUCCAGUCAAGUUACCAUUGAACCAAUUAGCUGCCAAUAAAGCAGCAGCAGCAUCUGUUGCUGUCACUGCCAGUACGUCUGCUUCUGUCACAGCCAGCGCCACGCAACUUGCCAAUCAAGCUAUUCUCAAACCCAUGGGGCCAACCUCCUCUCCACAAAUGCUGCCAACUGCAGCUGAUUUCUCUCCUCUAGUCAGUGCUGAGCCAGCUCCUGAGCUCUUGCCUCUAACAGAUGUCUUUGUACCGUUGGAAAAAAUACAACCUGCGCCUGACAUUCCGUCUGUGACGGCGUAUGAAAAGAACAAUUUAAAAGUGAUGGUCCACUUUACCAAAGACAGACCCCGACCAGAUGUGAUUGCAAUGGUCAUAUCUACAAUAUCUACCAACUCCAGCCCAAUAGCUGGCUUUGUCCUGCAAGCAGCAGUGCCUAAAACGAUGAAAGUAAAACUCCAGCCUCCUUCAGCAACAGAUUUCCCAGCCUACAAUCCCAUACUUCCCCCAGCGGCUAUCACUCAAGUCAUGUUGGUGGCUAACCCUAAGAAGGAAAAAGUCAGAUUAAAGUAUAAACUUUCUUACACCUACAACAAUGAGCUGAUAUCAGAUGUUGGAGAUAUUGAAGGCAUUCCUGUCCAGUAGUCAUCUGAUUACAUGCUGGUACUGCAACUUUGCAUAUUUUUAGUUUUUUACUCUAGAAGUGUGCAAACCAAUAAAAAUUCCUGUCAACUGACAAGGGGCUUGAGUCUAAAUCAUUGAAGUAUUUAGAACAAAAGAAUGAAUGAAAGCUUGACCUUUUGGAAAGUUCAUCCAAUUGAUUUGCACACUUCUUGUUUAUAUUGUAUGCACCUAUACACACAAAAAUUGUAUGACUGGGAUGAUAAAAAUGGGAGAAAUGUGUACAUUGUAUUAUUAAGUUAAACUCCAUUGUGAUCCUUAGUUUGAUAUUACAAUGACUAUAGUUUUUAAAACAACUGGAGAAUAGAAGUACUUCCAUCACUUUUUGAAACUAAGUGGUAUAAUAUACUAAGAGAUUACUGCAGUCUUAAAGUCAAGCCUCCUGUAAUUAGUUCAAAGUCUUGCUGCUGAGUUUCAAAUAUAAAACUGUGUUAUGUCCUAUGGAAUGAUAGUAACGUUGUGAAACCUCAGUUCUGAAACCUUCAAUUUCUGUAACAUUUUAGGUCUAAGUUGAGAUUUAGAUUCAUGUGUUUCUUAAAGUGUCAUCUUCUUUUUAAAUGUUGAAAUCAAUUACAGAAUCAAAUAACUAGGAUAAAAUGUUGAAACAAGUUAGGUCAUGAUUCAGAGAAAUAAAAAAUCAAAUUUUAUCCCAUAGUUUCAUAGUAAAUACUUUUUUAAAAAAUUAAAGUAACGAACAUUAAAUUUAAAAAAUCAAAUAGAUCUAAGGCAAGAUAAUUUACUUAGUAAAUCAAUAAAUAAGUCAAGAUAUUCAACUAUGUAAAUCAAUUUAAAAAAAGAAAUGAGAAACAAGAGAUGCUUCUUUGUCCUAUUCUUUUCCUUACAGCUAAAUAUCUUCAAAUUUCUUUGUACCUAUCAGUAGCUCAUCCUCCUAUAUGAGUCUAGGAGACUAGUGGUUGCUUUAAACAAGUCUCAUUGGAAGGAAGUUUUCAGUAUAUUUUUAUUCAGUGAAUACAUUAGUAAUUGUAAAGUGAGACUUGUGAUCUCACAUCAAAACUCACUGUGAGUUAGAGCAGAUUCUAAUCUAUUUUGUAGUUCUUGAACAUGAGUCAUUGGGAUAUUAUUUUGGAGCUUACAAAGAAAAUUUUUGAUAAACCAUAGAACUUUUUCAGAACAGCUGCUAGACUGUUAUUAAUUCCAUUUAUGUUUAAGCUAUAAAUAAACAACAGAUUAGGAAUAUUAAAAAAAAUAGAAGAAUCAAUUAUAUGCAUUUUUUCUAUACCAAAUAAAUAACAGCCAAUAGUUACCAGUCUUAUUAUAUAAUUAUAUAUUAUUUAUAAGACUUCAAUACCAUAUUAUUUACUAAUAGUUGCUGACAUUUCAAAGACAGAGAUAUGAUCUAGUUUGAUCGUGUUGACCAAAUUCUGUCUUUAUGAUUUUUAUCCUUGAAAUAAUUUAGUUUGUAAUCUUUCAUUAAAUAUUUAUGAUGAAAUAUCAGAUUAGGCUUGACCUUGACUUAUAGUUUGUGAUAUAUAUAUGUAUAUUGUCUUGAAAGUUUUCUUGGGGGCGGAUAUACCAAACCCAUGGAACCGUUUCUGUAUUCUCUCUGCCAAUUGAAAUCAGACAGAAAUUGUUCACAUUGUUUAUUUAUUUGAAUCUAUUAAUAUGUGAUGUUGUUCUUGGUUACAAUAACAGAUUAAAAAAAAAUUUUUUUUGUCA